CAGAGCUCAGAGCAUGUCGCCUCCUGUUGCUGCACCUCACUGUGGGAUCUGCUGUCGACCUUUCAGACUGUACACAUGAACGCAGAGAGCCUUUUUCACGCGUUUCCUCGCUAUGUGCGACCCGGAGGUUUGUCGGAGUGAGCCGGCACAGCGUCAGCUCUGAGUCCGGAGGGGGGAAACAGGCUUUGUCAUUGCGGGGAUUUUUUUUGUUUGACACAACUUGGCAGAGAAGUCGCUUGCUGCUGCUGCCGCCAGAGCUUGUUUGUUUGCAGAGAAAGUGUGAAACAAGUGUCAGAAAGAGAGCAACAGAUGUUUCUGGUGGAUAUGCGGCCGGCUGAGGAAUGAGAGCAGCGGCGAGGCACCGGCGGCCCUUCCAGCGGUUCUGCUGCUGUGGAGUCGGAGUGGUCGCCCUCAUUUGGCUCGCACAGGUCAUCCAGGCACCAGCAGAGACAGAGUCUUCUGGGUUUCUGCCAGGCGUGAACAGUGGGGAGCCACGAUGGACUCGCAGGCUGAUGCAAGAGAAGUCAGACAACCAGAGCGUGGAUCAGCCCCGAGCAGCCAUCCAUGAGUUUCCAGAAGACAUUUUUACCAAGGAGCAGAGGAAGAAAGGUGCUGUGUGUCUGCAUGCACUCUGUGCGAUCUACAUGUUCUACGCUCUGGCCAUCGUCUGUGACGACUACUUUGUCCCCUCCCUUGAGAAAAUAUCUGAGAACCUGCAUCUCAGUGAAGAUGUGGCCGGUGCGACAUUUAUGGCUGCAGGAAGCUCUGCUCCAGAGCUUUUCACCUCUCUCAUUGGUGUCUUCAUCACCAAAGGAGACGUUGGAGUCGGCACGAUUGUUGGCUCUGCCGUCUUUAACAUCCUGGUCAUCAUUGGCCUGAGUGGGAUCUUUGCAGGCCAGACAGUGGUUCUGACGUGGUGGUCCCUUUUUAGAGAUUCCUCCUACUACAUCCUCUCCGUACUGACUCUCAUCAUGGUUAUCUAUGAUGCCACUGUUGUCUGGUGGGAGUCCUUGCUCCUCAUGACCAUGUAUGGAAUCUACAUUAUAAUCAUGAAGUUCAACUCCCAGGUUCUGGCGUUUGUGACGCGACAGCUCAGGAGCUCCAGGCCAUGCUGCUCCAAAUCAGAGAACCACAGAGACGACAAGAUGGGAGAGGAUGCCUCUGCCUGCAACACCUCCAUGGUGCUUCUCAACAAAGGCCAAGGUCACAGUCAGGAGGCUUCUCCAGUCAUCAUGGUGGAUGAGCUUCUCAUCCUCAACCCCCACAAACUGUCCUUCUCUGAGGCUGGCCUGCGCAUCAUGAUCACCCCACAUUUCUCCCCCCGCACCAGACUCUCCAUGGCAGGACGCAUGCUCAUCAGUGAGAGACAGAGGCUGAUCCAGAGUUCGAAAAACCAGAGGGAUGGCGAGGCCAGCCCCGGGUCAAGGACGGGAUCAGCCAACAACAGCCUGAAGAGGACGGGCUCCUGCAGUCUGGAGAAUGGAGGCAGGAGACCUGGGGUGGGAGACGCAGAGUCAGGAGACAAGCCGGGGGCUGAGGCGUGUCAGGCAGAGGAGGAGGAGGAGGAGGAUGAUGAUGGGAUAUUUAGUCCUUUGCGCAUACCAGGUAGCUGCUGUGCGCGGAUAAAGUGGGUAAUCACGUGGCCUCUGGGCCUCCUGCUCUACUGCACUGUGCCUAACUGUAUUCUGCCACGCUGGCACCGCUGGUUCAUGGUCACCUUCGUGGCCUCCACCCUGUGGAUCGCUGUCUUCUCCUACCUCAUGGUGUGGAUGGUCACCAUCAUCAGCCACACACUAGACAUCCCAGACUACAUCAUGGGCAUAACCUUCCUGGCCGCAGGGACCAGCGUGCCGGACUGCAUGGCGAGUCUGAUUGUAGCCCGACAAGGCAUGGGGGACAUGGCGGUGUCUAACUCCAUAGGCAGCAAUAUCUUUGACAUCCUGCUGGGUUUGGGUUUCCCCUGGGCUUUACGUACCCUUGUGGUGGACCACGGAUCAUCAGUCUCCAUAAAUAAUAAAGGACUGGUGUAUUCUGUCAUCCUGCUGCUGGCAUCUGUGUUCCUGACGGUGAUGAGUGUUCAUCUGAACCGCUGGAGGCUGGAUCGACGGCUGGGUCUGGGCCUGCUGUUUCUCUAUGCCAUCUUCCUGCUCUGCUCCAUCCUCUUCGGGCAGAUGUGAGGCCUUAAGGUCAAAAGUCAACCCCGUCAGACAGCAUGAUGAGUACCUACCUUUCCACCACACGUCCUCUUUCCUGAAGCCAAAAAGAGUGACAGCGUUGUCGUGUUCCUUGUUAGAGUUUCCGUGCACCUCUGUAGGACUCGCUAGUGUGAUACUGAACACAAUGCAACGACACAAACACACUGAAGUCUUUUGUCAAUAGCACAAUGUUUUUCUCUCCUCUUUGUACAGUGCAGUGUUUGAAUACAGUCUUUAAAUUAACAAACUGGGCGACCAAACAAAAUAUUUAAUGACAUGGCAGAUAGAAGCAGCAGGUUUGUUGCGCCUUCAACAGCAAUAUGAAACAGGAAGUGACCAAACGUAACAGCUCACUAAUAUUUUGAUGAUAAUUGGAUAUCAUAACUGAGCUAGAAUGUCAGUUUCCACCCCGUAACAACAAUUAUAUUUCAUGCCUGUUUUAUAUUUGAAUGUACAACAACCUGUUCAACUGAGACUCUUCAGUUAGCUUAGCCAGCUAGCUAACACUAUAAAUCCAAACUGCUCCUGCUAGGUAAUAAUUUCUUGAAUAAAUGAUGAGUCAUCACUCUUUCAUUCAAGCAAUAAACUGUUUAGAUGUACAGUAAUUAAAAAGACUGUUGCUUCCUGUCACUUCAAGUCUUUUCAUCUGUUAUUUAUUUACAUUUUUAAUGUUUGUGUUCUGAAAGCUGCUGCAGCACAGCAGAUAAAUUACAGAAUUAUUGUUUAGUUUUCAACAUUUCAACAACACAGCAAUCAAAAGUUAUUUAUAAGGGAGAACAUAUAAAUAAUCGCCAGGAAAGAAUGUUAGCUUUGUGUGUUUCUGCAAACUACAGACAGGUUACAUGUAGGCCUGCUGACAACACUGUGGGUAACAUGUAGUUAGGUUUAGAAAUGCAAAACAAAGAAAUACUUCAAAACAUCUAUUUCAAGCAGGUGUGUAGGAGAGGGACGAGAAGAAUAAAACUUGUAGAAAAGACUCCCGCACACUGACUAACUUGCAAAAAUAAUACAUUUUAAUGCUGCAACGUGCAUGUGCAGUGGAAAGGCUAAAUACCAAGCAUCAAUUAGUGUAACAAUCAGCAUUAUUUGAUUACAUUACUUUACACUGCACAUGGGUAUUGUGAUUAAUUGCAAACUUACAGCCACGCUGUAAGAUGACUGUUGGUUACAAAACUGUUUGCCUGAUGAAGGUCUCGUCACCAAAACGUUGCAGCAUUAAAAUCAUUUUGUUUUUUGCAAGUUAGACCAUGUGGGAGAGUCUUUUCUACGAGGUUUAGUAAAAACACUGCUUGGUUAUGGUUAGAAAAAGAUCAUGUUUUGGCUUAAAAUACCCAGAUUUGGGGAACAGUCAUGGCUGGGAAAGAAGCAGUGUCUUGGUAAAAAAAAAAAAAAAAAAAAAAAGCACAUUCAUGCCACUAUUCCAGGCUCCAAGGAAUGCCGCCAAGCCUUGCAGCCAGUAAUUUCCAGUGGCCACUUGGGAUUUUGCUGCAAACAAUUUCCCUGUGGCUCAAAAAGCCAUUUACCCAUAGACCACCAUUAUAAAAGAGACAUCUGUAAAACUGUUCACCAGACACUCCAAACUGCAAACAAGGACAAUUUUUUUCUAUUCUGAAACGUUUAACCAUGAAGAUUUUAUGUUUCUAAAACUGUCCUCAAGCCAAUAAAAAGGAUUUAAAUUCUUCUUCAAGCCAUGUGGGAACUUGUGGCAGGCAACUCCAUUGGAAUGAAUAGGCGUCAUCCUGGGGUCGGGUAUUUAGUUAGCAUUAUCAUAUUAAAGUUCACGCACUAUCCCUGCUGGAAAAACAGCAACAGGUCGCUAAAAAACACCCAUGACUGGUGCCUAAAAAGCCACUGGAAAUAAUAAUAAUAAUGAUGAUAAUAAUAAUAAUAAUAUAAUAACCUUUAUUUAUAUAGCACCUUUCAUACGAGAAAUGAAGUUCUGUACAAUAAGGGCAGUAUAAGCACUGAGUGCUUCACAUGAAAAUAGACAUAAUGGACAUAAAACAGACAAACAAGGCAGUUUAAUAUAGAAGGACAUUUAAGACAGUUUAAAACAUGGAUUAACUGAUUCAUGAAAUCAUAGAGUUGUAAAACUAUAAAUCAUAAAAUCAAUUGAGAUUUUCAAACAACAGCAAUGACUUUUUUUUUAAGAUUAUUAUAAUCCAAUUUUUUUAAAGGUUUUUUGGGAGGGGCUUUAUUAGGUAGGACAGUCUAGGCAUGAAAGGGGGAGAGAGGGGCUGACAUGCAGCAGGUGGCAGCGUGCUUGAAUUGAACCCAUGGCCGCUGCAGCCUUCGUAUAUGGGGUGCCCGCUCUACCCACUAAAUUACCACCCCCAUAGCAGCGACUCGUUAAAAACAACCCGUUUUGGUAUUUGUGGAUCUUGAAAAGUGGUCUGCAAUGGAUAUCACAUCAUCCACCAUCCUCUCAGUCUUCUGAUGGCAAGUCAGCUCAUACACUACAUCACUAUAGAAACAUCAAUAUGAUGUGUAUGAAACUAACAAAUGUGACAUAUUCAUGGUUUGCAGAAACAAACAAUGCCAACAUGUUCUUCAUGUGACUGAGCUGGUAUGUCCACAUAUUGUCUCCCCACUAGAUUCUGUCGGUGAGGAGCGUUCAGCAGUGCAUGUCUCUGGCAACAGUGAUUAAACAUGUUGAGCAGGAUAAAGACAGGUAGCGGACAGAGACAGUUGUGAUUUACAGUAGGUAGAUAAAAAUCCUACUGGGCUACAGUACAGAACCACUCAUAUCUAAAUAAGUUAGGGGCCAGGAUGUGUGACAAGAGGCUGAACUUUAUAGUUCCUGUGGGUAAAAUUAUAUUGAAGAAACAAAUUAAUAACAUAACCAGGAAGAAUCAAUAUUUAUAUAUAUAUGUCUAUGUUUUAAUAUAUAUUUGACAUGGUUUUAGAGGCUAUCUCAACUAUAUGAACAGUUAUUUUCCUGCAGAUUGCACAGACAUUAAAUAAACAUUCUUAAAUCUGUCAUGUCAUGCUCAGACCUAUUGUCCAUUAUAAAAAAAGAUUAAUAUUUUCUGUUGGCCUUAGGUUUGAACACCCUUGUAUGUUUUGAAUGUACAACCUAGCGGAAAUAUUUACAUGCAUUCAAAUGUAGCACUGAAUUACAGCGAAGAACCUCUGAGCAGACGAUGAGGCACUAUAGUCCGACCAUAAAGGACACCGUGUACAUGUCAGUAGACUUUUAGAAUAUAUAAUAUAGAAUAAAAUGCACAUUAUUGUGACAAUAUUUUGACGAAUUUUGCCUGAGUACUUAUAAGCAAGUAUUGGUACAGCUUAAUGUACGUAAAGAGAUUAACCUUAGUGUUGCAGUAUUUUUAGAGGUCUUAUUACUAUGAAAUCUAAUAUAUAUAAUGUACUUCUAUGAGUGUCACAGACUUUGAUGACUUUGAGUGCAGGUUAGUUGUAAUAACUUCACGUUUAGGUACGACAAUCGAUGUUUGUAUUGUUUCUUGUUCAUUUUAUGAGAUUGUUUCUCUUUGGUGGAACAUUUUUAUUUAAAUCAGACCCGAAGCAGCGCGUUAUACACACGCAUACACACACACUGUAAUUGUGUGUGUGGUACGGCAAAUAAGCUGUAUAUUCUGUAUUGGUAUACCUGCUGCUGCUGAAAACUAUGAAAACAAUUUGGACACAUUCAGAUAACAUUAUAUUCAAGACUAAAUGUUCCACCAAAGGGAUCAGGGCAAGUUUUUUUUGUUUGUUUUUUUAAAUGGCUGUAUAAUUAUUAUAAUUAUUGUCUACUUGACAAUACUUUUUACUGUUUGUAAAUGUUAAAUAAUUGACAUAGUUUUACAAUAAUGAAUGUCUGACAGAGACUAGUUUUGUGGUGUUUUUGAUAUUUAAAAAGAAUACAUAAUAAUACAUAAUGUAAGCCUAUUUGUGAAUUAUUGUAACAGAAUGAAUGCAUAUUUUGUCACUUUGUUAGAUAGUGGAAUAUGAAGGCUGUAAUGUCAGACCAGCACUCCAUUUGUAAUUAAUUCAGUUACAGUUGUGUCUUAAAAUCUUUUCAGCACUUAGAUUUUCUUUUGUUUCAGUACUGAUUUAUUGAAAACCUGAUUUCAUGCAGGGGAAGACAAAGGAAAUGAAACUCCUGUUUACAGGUUCAAACUAGAUUUUAGGUUUUUUAGGUUUAGAUAUUUUAAAAAUUGCCUAGAAUCUAAGAAAUACCACUAAAUUUAAAUAGCAGUAAGUUUUCAUCCCCUUUUUCCAAUUUUUUUAUCUUUAAAUCAUACUUUCUCUUUUAGCUACAGUUUAAAAAUGAAACUUUUUACUGAAACACAUUUUAUCAGAUCUGGUCAAAUGUCAUGUCUGGAGUUUUUGUGCCAAAACCCAUCGAUGCAUUUAAAUAAGGUUUUAGGGCAACUUUUAAAGGGAUAGUUUGGAUUUUAUGAAGCAGGUUUGUAUGGGGUUCUUAUCCAUACUCAGUGUAUUACAUACAAUAGAUGCCUGCCAGUGCACCCCCAGUUUGGAGAAGUGUCAGGAGUACCGUCAUGGAAGGUAAACAAUGAACUGCUGUGGAUGGGGUCAGCAACAAGCUGUGUUUUAGCCACCUAAAUAAAGUCCCACCUAAAAAUCAGUUUAAGUGUACGAUAUAUAAGAGUAUUUCACCUCUUUGCCUUUACGUCAGUCAGCCCAUUCCAACAGGGAAGCUGAUAAGGGCUUCAGUUCCUCAUCUAUACUCUCGCCAAAGCCACCAGACUCCAUUGACAAAAAUAGUCAUUUUGGCUCAUUGAGCACGGGCACUGCUGGUGUAUUGCUGCUUUGAUUAGUUAGAUAGAUUGUGUUAUUGUGCGAUGUUGGUGAAUCCGAACUUACCCCUUUCAACGCCAAAGUCAUACAGUAAAACAAAUAAAAUAACUGAUUGAAGCAGCAAUAUAUCGGCAGCUUCUGUGUUUGGCAAUCUUAAAUCACUGUUUUUCUCAAUGGAGUCUGGCUUGAAAGAGAGUAAUGUAAUGGCUUCAGUUCCCCACUGGAAAUUGCUGUCUGACAAUAAGGUAAAGCGGUAACAAUAUUCUAAAAAUAGCAUACAAUUAUUGAUUUUUUUGGGUGGGACUUUUUUAAAGUGGCUAAAAUAUGUUUUGUUGCUGACCCCUCCACAGCAGUACAUUGCUUAGCUUCUGUGGCGGUACUCCUGCCUGCUUCUCCAAACUGGGGGAUUGCUGAUUGACAUUUACUGUAUGUAAUAACAGAAUAUGGAUAAGUACCUCAGUACCACGCCUCCGAAGAACCAAACUAUCCCUUUAAAAUGUCAUAGCAAAAAAGAAAAAGUGAUAUUAUCCUAUAAAUGUUCCUGACCCAAACAUUAAAGCUACACUUUGAAACUAGUAGCUUGUAACAAUGGCUACUGCUUGUCCAGAAAAAAUAGUGCUGAAAUGAUUAGUAGUAUAACCGUUUAGUUGAUCAACGUAUUGUUUGAGUCUUUCAUCAUGCAACUAUGUCAAACAUUCACCAGUUGCAGAUUCUCAAAUGCGCUGUUUUGCUGCUUUUCUCUAUGACCGAUGAAUCAAUUGGAAAAAUACACAACAGAUGAACUGAUGAUGAAUUGUUUGUUCCAUGCUCUUAAUUUAGCUUCUUUUUUUUGCAGUUACUGAAAUGGAAAAAUUGUCUUUGCAUAUCCUAACUAUCUUCAUCCUGUUAAACAACCAUCAGUAAUAACUGUGUUUUGCCAGGAAAUGUUUUACAGCAGGUGGUGAUGCGAAUGUGUUCUUUGACUCAGCUCUUGGGACUCUCUGCUGUAAACUUUUGUAUUCAGACCCAGUAAUAAUCUCAAUACGCUCGUCAUGGCUACUGAGAGACACAACAGCACCAAAGCAAACAGCUGAUCUCCAGUACUUGUUUUGGUUUCACAGCACUCAAAGAAUGUUCUCCUUAUUCUGCUGUGAUGUUGGAGGUAGUGGAUGUUUUAUAGCUGAAAUUUAUUGCUUAGAGGUCUUAUUGGAUCAUAGAAGACUGUUGUAUCUUGAGACCAAUAAAAAAUGUGCAAUAACAA